AUGCGCCUUGCGGCAGGCUCACGCGCCGGCAGCGGUGCUCCAAACCUCAGCCACGCCUCCGCGGCCUCCGCUCUCGCACACGCGAACCGCAAACCUGUUGAAGUAUGGCGUCCCCCGACUAGACAGCCUGCCGCGGAGAAGGCAGCCCUAUGCGUGAAGGACUACGCUCCACCCCAGCAACCCCAACCUGCUACCGGGCAUAGUACGGAGGGACUGGGAGCUGCUAUGAUCGCCGUGCGGGAAAAGAGAGCCUCGGUGGACCAGGCCCCUACAUCCGCUGGCCACAGGCGUGGCAGCUCGGUGACCGAUCGCUACCACCACACAGCCGUCGGUGGCAACCCGAAUGAAAAGGCGCUCCAGGCAGCGUCGGGCGCUUAUACACUCUCCCGCAAGAGAGCCGACUCAGCACCCAGUGAUCCAGGGGUCACCUCUGAAUCAUCAUAUGGCCGUUCAGCCGCUGGCGCGUCGCGACAUGCUCGCGUACAAGAGGAAGGCCCCCUGGACCACUUAGAUCCCGCUUUAGAAGCAAGCCGGAUCCAACAUGCCGCUAGCACGAAUCCGAGGCUGUAUACUUCGUCGCCACCUGUCCAAUGCGAAAUUGAGGAACAAAAUUACAAAAACUCGCAACGCGCUGCUGCCAUAUCCAUGGCCAAGGACAUGUACAGAGUCACCAGUACCAAGAAACAACCAGGCCAGUCCCCCGCCAUCCUAGCGGCCCAAAAAGGACAAAGUCAACUUGGCUACCGCAAGACUGUAUCCACCGUGGAUGGGGCUGCUGUCCGGCGCGCAAUCGCCCUACAAGAAGCAGCGCAAAAGCGAGCCGCUGAGAAGCUGGCACUUAUGCAAGAUGAAAAUGCAGAGUACCAGCAAUACUAUGGCACCGCGCCUCCACCACAACGGUCGCGCUUGACCACUCGCCGCAAACGAACUUCGAGCGACGCGGAUGCCUCUCAGAUCGACGCAGAGCAGUCGCGGCAAAUACGGAGCCAGAUGACCAGCCUGCGGACCAAGUUGGACCAAGUGGAUGUCCGAAAGACAAAGGAUCGUGAACUUCUCAUGCAAGCUGCCCGCCGCAAUGUGGACCGAACCCUCCAGGACAUGGAGGCGCAAGUUUAUGCCAACACUGGUCGCGCUCCCCCUUCGGUACAGAAGGGAUGGGAUGAAGUUGCCCAGGAACGCGUGCGACGGGAGGCAGAAGAUUUUGAAGCAGCUACUACUCAGGACAAUCGAGUAAAUAUCGGCGGCCAAAAGUAUAUGGAACAGGCCGACAUCGACGCUGUUGCUCGGUCUCGCCUCCAGCCUACUCUCGACGAGAUUACCGAGAAUGCCGAGCUACGGAGAGCCCACGAUAUUGAAGCCCGUCUGGAUGCUGAGGAGGAGCAGAGACAUGCUGCUGUGGAGCGUCAGCGCGAAGCUGAGGUGAAGGAGUUGGAGAAGCAACAAAAAGGGGCAAGGAAGCGCGACAGCAAAUCCGAGAGCAAGGUUCCCAAAUUCUUCUUGUGGAGAAAGAAGGGUAAACGAGCUCGGGUUGAGAAAUCAGAGACUGAAGAGGCUCAAGCUGUCUCACCUAUUUCCCAGGUAGCUGUAGUAGAGCCGGCUCCUACUGCAGCCCCGUACAACAACGACUCAACGGACAGUAUUCCCGAGCAAGCUUCGCUUGGAACAGAUCACAAUGUCUCGACGGUCACCAUCCCAGACGAAGAUUCUAUUGUCACGGAGACAGCCGGUCCCGCUACACUUGUUGCAGCCACGUCCUCAGUCCCAGAGGCAGAACCUUCCCGGUCCGAUGAAAACGACCGGCCCGCCGCAAUCUCACGGCAGCCGACACGAAGCCAGACUGAGCCCCCCCCGAUCGAGCAGCGAGAUGCAGCUGCCUCAGGUCCUACGGUUGUGCACUACUUCACACCACCUGUGACAAGCCCACGCGCCGACACCAAGCUCAAGAACUGGUUCCGUGACCGUCUUGUUCGCCGAUCCAGUGGCCCAGUCCCCAUCUAUCCCCACCAGCCUGGCCCGGACUUGAACACUGACAACGAACCCGCCUUCCAAGGCGGCGCCAGUCUAACCGGCCGCGACGAGCCCCGCGGUGCAGCACUUGGCUCACACCCUGUGGUCGUGGGUGAAUUCAUCCCAACCUACAAUAGAUCUUCGAGCUACUACAGCAACGACUUGGAUGUGGCCAAGAUUCACAGUGCCGAUUCUUUGUCCAACUCUACCAGGCAGAAUGGGAACGGCAAGAAGAGGAAUCGUCUGAGCAGGACGUUCCUCAGGGCCGUCUCCGGUAGCCCUGAUGGGUCGAACAAUGGUGACUCCCGUCGUGACUCGGGAAUUCAAUCUUCCUCCAAGGAUGUCGGCGGCGGUGACAUCCAGAGUCUGCAGGAUAGUACUCUCGGACAGAUUCUUCCUGUGCCACCCACUAUUGGUGAGACGUUGAACGGGAGAAGGGAAUCGAGAUUCUCUGAGAAUCUGUGA